AAAGACGAGGACGAUAGCCUCUUGGAAUAAUUGAAACGUUGAUUUUUGUCCUCCCUGCCACUGUCUUGGUGUGGUUGGUGGGUUCUCUCUGUCUAUCUAGCUAUCUAUCCAUUUAUGUAGCUAUCUAUCUAUCUAUCUACGUUGUAUCAAGAAUCUAAACGAGACUGACACCUCCAGGACACAAAAUGACAACGGCGCCGGUGGACAUCGUUAUCAUCGGUGGGAACAUCUCCGCAGCGGCCCUUUUGGAUCUGGCAUCCAAGUCCAAUUUGCGUCCAGAGAAGGACGUGAGUAUCACAGUCAUUCAGGGGUGCGCAUUUUUAGAGUGGAGUAUGGCGGCGACUUACUUUCUUGCCAACCCUGAUACUCAUGCUAAAUUUCUCUCCGAAGACCCCACCGCCUUCGAAUACCCCAAAGAGCAAGUGAAACGAUACGUGUACAGCCCGGCCACGGGUGUGAAUAGCAAAGAGAAAAUCGUUAUGUGUGCUAAUGGAGAGCAGUACAAGUACAGUAUUCUGGUGGUUGCCACCGGGUACAACCUUCCCCUACUUGCACCAAGAGUCGGCAUGUCUCUUGUGGCGCGGAAAAUGGAAAUCCAGCGCUGGGGCCGCAAGCUAAACGAACAAGGUGCUUAUAUAUUUAUAAUGAUGUGUAGCUUUAGUUAUAGUUAUACGUUAUAAAAAUAUACGGAAAUCUUAGGCAGCUCGCCGAAUAGAUUCAAAUCAUCAUACGUUAUAAAAAGAUUCCGCGAAGUCGUGAUCACAGAUGAAGCAGAUCUAAAUGAUGUUGCUCCGAUACCAUUGAAUUCGGAUCCUGUAGUUCAAUAUAACCACUACAUCGAUCAGCUACAGGUGUCCGCGUUGUGAUCAAUGGAGCCGGAUCCAUUGCUAUCGAGUUGGCUGCGGAUAUCAAACUCGCGAAUCCCUCUGCGCGCGUCCAGAUGAUCUCGCGAGACGGAAGCGUUCUCCGUGCUGUGCUUGUGGGCCGAAACAAGAAAAUAAAGUUCGCACGAUUCUGGAAGCCAAAAACGUUCAGAUUCUUACUGGCAAGGUAAUAUCACGACGAUCUCUGAUACAACUUGAUACAUUAAAUGUUUAUUAUACAAAUUGUACUUGUAACUCAUUCGAAAAUGAAGAUUGAAUUAUUCUUUUUCUUAGAUCAUUGAAUUUUGGACGGAAAGAAAAAACUCCGUUCUUCAGGUAG